GAGAGUAUCCUCAAGGAGAUGCUGACGAAGCAGAUUGCGGACAAGCUCCUUCGAGAUCCGAUCACGACACAGGGAGAGAUGAAGACAGCGGUGAUCCUGCAGCUGGACAUCUGCAACUUCACCGACAUGUCUCAGAGCACUUCUCCGAUGAAGCUGGCCAAGUUCGUGCACGAGAUGUUCGCUUUCUUCGACCAGCUCGUCGUCGAGCACAACCUCCUCAAGAUCGACACCAUCGGCGACGCCUACAUCGUGGCGGGAUGGCUGGAGGAAGGCAGCGACGUGCAGAGCAAGCGGAGGACGCGGGGGAUCUGCCUGAAGCUGCUGACGUGCGCGCGGGAGAUGAUCGGGAAGUUCGCGAGGUGCAGGAAGAGCUCAGCAUGGCCGUGCUCGUGCCGGAUCGGGAUGACGGUGGGGAAGGUGGCGGCGGGGGUGCUGGGGAGGAAGCAGACGCGUCUGCACCUGCUGGGGGAGGCGAUGAGGGAGGUGUCGGUGCUGGAGCAGCGGGGGAGCGCGGGGAGCGUGCAUGCUAGCGGAAGCUUCAUGCACGCGGCAGGG